AUGUACAUGUCCCUCUCCAACAUGUUGGGCCUCGCCCUCUCGUCCUGCGCCCUAGUCAGCGCCAGCGCCUCAUCCACCGACGACACGAUGAUCCGCCGCCAAGUCAACGCCAAUAGCGUGUCGACCGCCGAUUUCAAGUCCCGAUUCGAGCAGUCUGGCAUCGUUCCCGAGGUUAUCGCCGCGCUUGAUCCCGCUGUCUCGUUUUACGCUUCGUACAAGACUAGUACCGGCCAAGAUGCUCUUCUCGUUCCUGGUUCGACCCUGACAGUUGCUGAGGCUGCUUUCCCAUUCGAAUUCUCCGUCGAGAACCUCGGGAAUGCGACCAACAUCACCACUAGCACCAGAUAUCUCAUCUAUCUCCUGGACGCCGACGCCCCGAGCCGCAAUGACCCCUCCGCCCGCAACCUCCGCCACUACCUCGCCGGCAACUACACCCUCUCCAACACCCCCUCCAGCGUCCUCCCCACCGCCCAACGUCUCUUCCUCCCCUCGGCCGCCAGCUUCCCCUUCACACCCUACCAGCCACCCCAGCCGGCCGCCAACACCGGCGUCCAUCGCUUCAUCUAUGCGCUGUACACGCAGCCUCCGCAGUUCAACCUUGCCAAUUUUGACUCUGUGGGCAUGUCUCCUGAGACUUCGAACUGGAGUCUCCCCGAAUGGCGAAUGCAACUCGGUCUCGGCCCCGCCAUCGGCGCCACUUUCUUCACCAUCGAUACCGGCGCCAACAACGGCGAGGGCACCAGCGGUCAAGUCGAUACGGUAGCCCAGGGUGGCGUCACCGCUGCGGCCUCGGGUCUUUCCUCGCCGAUGUAUCCGGCCGCCUUGACGGCGCUUACUCUCGCAGCGCGCCUUAUGGUGUAA